AUGAAGGUAUUAUUUGGAGUGUUAGUACUAGCAGGUAACAUUUUAUGUAUUAUGGACAUGUUACCACUUCUUUACAAGUAUCUACCAGAUCAAAACCAUACAUUGAUACCCAUUAUAAAUGCAUUUGCCAGUUUGUACUUCUUCCAUAAAUGUUGUAAUGGAGAUCCAGGGGAGAUAACUCCAUUGAACUUAGAGAAAUACCAGCCUAUCUAUCCAUAUGAUGAGAGAAUGUACAUACCAAAUGCAAAAUGUAGGACUUGUAAAUUUGUGAAGCCAGCAAGAUCAAAGCAUUGUAGUAUUUGCAACAGAUGUGUCCAUCGCUUUGAUCACCAUUGUUUAUGGACCAACACUGAUGUAGGGGGCCUAAAUCAUGGAUACUUUGUGUUGUUCUUACUCACUAUGAUGUUUAAAUGUAUAUGGGGAUUUUAUGUUGGUGUAAAGAGUUUAGUUUUAUAUACACAAUACCACAGAUUGUUAGAGACAAAAGUGAUGACAUCUAACGGAGAAAUGAAACAAGUCACAUAUUCAAUAGUACUACAGCAUCUGUUUAUGCAGUUUCCACGACUUGUCUUUAUAGUGACAUCUUUAUUCUUUCUGAUCAUUUUAUUGGGAAUAUUUACAAUUUAUCAUGUCAAUGUGGUAUUAACAAAUCGGACUACAAAUGAGAGGUAUAAAGCUGCGGAAUUGGAACCAAUUGAAAUUGACUCAAAUAGACUGUCAGGAAAUAAAUCUAAGUUGCAACCAGUCAGGAAGUUAAACAAGAAUAUCAAAACAACUGAGAAUUUAUAUAAUAAAAAGGAAUAAUAGGGAAUAUAUAUGACACAUUUUGGCACAGAAGUAUAGUGAAAAAAGUAAAAUUUAGAUAAAAUAAAGUAUAAUGUUUUAAUAUUUUGCCUGCAAUACAGUCAAACCUGUAUAUUAAGAUUAGUAUUGGGACCACAGAAAACUGACCAUAUUAGAGAGGUGACCUUUAAAUUGAGGUUCAAAA